GGCGCUCGUUACGCCAGCGCUCCUACAGUAAAUAUUUGUGUUUGCUCAACCGGCUGUAAUGGUGGACGACUGAAAGUGAAAAGCGGAGAGACUAAAUCUCAAAAAUCCUGUCCCGGGUAAAGCACUAUUGUUCGUGGCUCGGAAAUAAACACCAGCGAAUAUGGAUGAACUCAAGCAUCAAGUUAUGAUAAACCAGUUCGUCCUGACAGCUGGAUGUGCCGCAGACCAGGCGAAACAGCUUUUGCAAGCGGCACAUUGGCAGUUUGAGACAGCCCUUAGUGCCUUCUUUCAAGAGACAAAUAUCCCUUACGGUCACCAUCAUCAAAUGGGAGGCAAUAUGACCGCAGUGCUGCCACAGGGCUCUGAUGAAGAUACCACAGACCUGUGGAACAUCCUCUUCAGACGACAACACCUCCAACAACGCCUUCAGUUUCUACAGGAGAUCCAAAAGAGGAACAGCAAAAUAGAAGGAAACCUUGCAAACGAAGAUGGCCCUUCAGAACUGGACAAAAUAGAGGAGGAGUUGGAGUUACUGGAGCAAAAAGAGAAGGAUCUUAUUCAGAAAAAAAGCCAAUGGUCGACAACACAGUUCACAGACAAAGAUCCGAUUCAGGCUGCAGUCCAAGGACUCUACAUUCUUCCCGUUUCUCCAACAGAAAUUAUUUCUCCUAUCAAUGCUCUGCAAGUGGAAAAAACAGUAAACCUUGACGAUGUCACCAUGUCCCCUGCCAGAGUGAAAUGCCCUUCUUGCCAUAAGACUGUCACCACUGAGAUUCGCUAUAAAGUGGGCAGCAAUGCCUUCCUCUUUUGCUGUCUCUUGUCUGUGGUGGGGUGUCUGGCCGGAUGUUGCCUGAUCCCCUUCUGUAUGGACCGCUUCAAAGAUGUCGCCCACAUUUGUCCGUCCUGCCACAAAGACAUCUGUGCAGUAAAUAGGUUUUGAGCACAAUGUUCCUGAUCUGUGAUACCGUGACUGUAAAGACAUCAGAAAAGGGCUGAGCACAAGACACUGUCAGGGCUGUUUGAGCGUGUUUUUCAGAGAAAGGGAUUUUUAUCUCUAUUCUAUAGCGACAGAAU